AUGUCAGACCCUCUCAGCGUCGUCUCGAAGAGCUGCUUCCAUCGCCGUGUUAUUCUCGACACGGCGAACGGGCCCCUGAGCGUCUCAUAUGCUGACAUCGGCAGCGCUGAAGGCCCGGUGCUUCUCUUCAUUCCAGGCAUGUUUGCCUCGCGCUACGGGUCCCUCUCGAUCCAUGCUAUCGCCGAGCAGGUGGGUGUGCGCUUGCUUGUUGUCGACCGGUUUGGCAUGGGCGCGACCUCCAAUGUGCCUCUCCCGAAGCGCAUCGCUGCCUGGGUUGAUCUCUUCCCCCGGUUCCUGGCCCACUUGGGGAUUCCGCGGGUCACCCUAGUAUCGCAUAGUGCCGGCACGAUUUAUCUCUUCAACACAUUGGCUCUCUGUCGGGAGUUUGUACACCCGCAAGUCUUCGUAAUAGCUCCCUGGAUUGACCCUGCUUGCUCCAGGUCUACUUUAUGGAGGUCCAUGCAAUACAUGCCCACCAAAGUGUUCUCGAUAUGGAACCAGCUACCGCGCUUCUUCAUAACAAAGGCCAGCCCGGCACUAGCCACCAGCGGCACCUUCUUCCGCAACUUGGCGCCGAAGAGCAAUAAAGCAAUCGAAGAAGAGCGCACCUUCAUGGAGGUCAACUAUGCACGCAUCGAAAAGAGCUACGGCGUGCCGCGGAAAGAGUCCGCCGAGCUCAGCAGUCUGUGUGUCCGGUUCAUGUUCACGGAAGAAUCGGUCGGGGCAAACAGCGAAGCUUUAUACUGCCUCCGCAAGGCGGAAGCAAAUGACUGGGGCGUGUGCUCGGAUUACGCGCAGUUUGCACAGACGGUGGCGCGCGAGCGCUCCCCCGAGAACAAGCUCACCUUUCGUGCCUAUUUUGGCGCGACUGAUAUCAUGAUCGGGCGCCAAGGACAGAAAUACUUUGAGGAUUGCUGGCAGGGAUAUCCCGAGACCAUCAAUUUUGUCUCUAGGGCGAUCGAGGGCUCGGAUCACGAUACGGUAUCUCAGUCGGUGGAGGUGUGGGAGGAUAUCUUUUCUUCGGUCUUGGCUUCGAUUGGAUGA